AUGUAUUGGCAAAUCAUUCUGACCAUGCUUGUGCUGCUGGACUUCCUUCAAAUGGCAGUUGCCCAUUGUACGGUCCAUCAGAUUCCUCCCAGGAAUUUUACAUUACCCUGUAUGCUGCUGAACGAGACAUUUCUGAGUCCUUUCUCUGCUGGAGUCGUAGAGAGCCGGUCUGGUUUGAGGAGAGAGCAUGGAGCAUCUGAAACCGAGCCUGCCGUGCUAAUGAAUGAAGAAAGUUUUCUGUGUUGCCUUCAGAGUGAUAACAACGUUGAUUGCUCUUUGUACAGAGCAAGCAUGCAAGCAAGGAAGUUUAUUCCUUCAGAAAUCAGUGUCUCUGCUUCUCAGGAAAUAGAUUCGAAUUGGAACCUUGAAUGUCGGGUUAAAGGCAAGCUGGACCUGUUAGUUUGUAGCCUGCGGUUUUUGAAGUUGUACUGGAGAGCUGACUUGAAGGUUAAUCUUUUAUAUGCUGUAUCAGAGCUGUCACUGGGAGAUGUAUCUACACGUUCUCUGAAGGGGACUGUCAUGGUUGCUCAGUGUGACUGUAGUGAGUCUGACAAGUGUGAGUGCUGCGUGCCUUCUCUGAGACUCAGCCACACUUACAUCAUGUGGCUGAAGAUGAUGAUGGGUGUAACGCCUCUGUGGUCACCUUUGAUGUCAGUAAAGCCCAUAGACAUAGUAAAGCCUGAACCUCCUUUGAACCUGCAUCUAGAAAUGACAGAGAAAGGUCAAGUGAAGAUCUGCUGGUCCGACCCUGUGCUGAUGCCGUACCCACUUCAGUAUGAAGUGAAGAUCUCUGCAAAUCCAGGUCAAAAUGGCUGGCAGGUGGUUCAAGUUGCUGUAGAAACCUCAUUGGCCAUAGACAAUACACUACCUGAUUCUUCAUAUUUAGUUCAAGUGCGGUGCAGGAAUCGUCAUGGUCCAGGGUUCUGGAGUGACUGGAGCCCACCAUAUCAUCUCAACUUGGGAGCUGAAGUCCUGUACUUCCCUCCUAAGAUACUGACCAGUGUUGGUUCUAACAUUUCCUUUCAUUGCAUCUAUAAAAACAAAACCAAGAUUGUAGCGUCCAAGGAGAUUGUUUGGUGGCUGAACUUAGCAGAAGAAAUCCCAGAAAGUCAGUAUACGCUUGUGAAUGAUCGCGUAAGCAAAGUUACUCUUUUCAACUUGAAAGCAACAAAACCUAGAGGAAGUUUCUUCUAUAACGCAUUAUACUGUUGUCAUCAAAAUAGGGAAUGUCAUCAUAGAUACGCUGAAUUAUAUGUAGUAGAUGUGAAUAUUAAUAUCACCUGUGAAACAGAUGGGUACUUAACUAAAAUGACUUGCAGAUGGUCUGCAAACCCAAACACAGUGCUCCUAGGGAGUUCCUUGCAGCUAAGAUACUACAGGAGCGAAAUUUAUUGUUCUGACUUUCCAAGUACUUCUCCAAAAUCAGAGGUGAAAGAAUGCCAUUUGCAGAAGAAUCAUUCCUACGAGUGCACAUUUCAGCCAAUUUUUCUUCUAUCUGGGUAUACCAUGUGGAUCGAGUUUAAGCACUUCCUAGGAACGCUUGAAUCCUCACCAACUUGUGUCGUUCCAGCAGAUGUGGUGAAGCCGCUUCCUCCCUCCGACGUUAAAGCAGAAAUCACCAGGAAUGUUGGGCUGCUGAACGUGAGCUGGACAAACCCAAUAUUUACAAACAAUGAUCUUAAAUUUCAGAUUCGGUAUGCUGUGAACAAGGAAGACGUUACAUGGGAGCUUUAUGAAGUUUCACAUGCACCAACAAGAUCAGCUGUGAUAAAAGUUCAAAAACUUUGUGUUGAGUAUAUUGUUCAGGUCCGGUGCAGAGAACUGGAGGGAUCAGGUUACUGGAGCAACUGGAGCAGAUCAGCCAAUACACUUGUAAAAGAUAUCAAAGCUCCCUUACAAGGCCCUGAAUUUUGGAGAAUUAUUGUUGAAGAUCCGACAAGGAGGCAGAAGAAUGUUACGCUUCUGUGGAAGCCACUGAUGAAGAAUCACUCAUUGUGCAGUGUGAGCCGAUAUGUUAUAAAGCAUCAGACGUCAGGAAACACCACGUGGUCAGAAUCUGUUGAUAAUGGCACUACCUCUUCAUUUCUGUGGACCGAACGCACACAUACCAUUACAGUUUUAGCCGUGAAUUCAAUUGGAGUUUCUUCAAUUAAUUUCAAUUUAACUCUAUCACAGCAAAUGAGCACAGUGAACGUUGUGGAGUCGCUUAGCGCUUACCCAGUGAACAGCACUUGUGUGGUUUUGAUUUGGACGCUUUCACUUCAAAUGUAUGUGAUAAAAUCUUUCAUUAUUGAAUGGAAGAACCUUGACAAAGAAGAGGAGAUGAAGUGGGUGCGAGUUCCUCCAAAUAUUAGUAAAUAUUAUAUUUAUGAUCACUUCAUUCUGAUUGAGAAGUACCAGUUCAGCCUGUACCCUGUGUUUGCUGAAGGAGUUGGCAAAUCCAGAGCAACGGAUCAGUUUACCAAAGGUGGAUAUGACAGUGAGAGUAAUGCCAGCCUCUACGUGGUUCUGCCAAUAGUUAUUUCAACCUCAGUUCUGUUGCUUGGAGCAUUGCUGGUUUCGCACCAAAGAAUGAAGAAACUGUUUUGGGAAGAUGUUCCAAACCCCAAGAACUGCUCCUGGGCACAAGGAGUUAAUUUUCAGAAGCCUGAAACUUUUGAGCAUCUUUUUAUCAAGCACCCUGAAGCAAUGUCAUUUGAACCUCUUCUUCUGGAACCAGAAAUAGUGCUGGAAGACAUCAGUGUUACUAAAGCAUUGAAGAAAGAAGACACACAAGAUCUUUUAGUAAUUGAUUCAAUGUUUACAAAAAUUCAAGACUCUGAACGUGACUCUGCUUGCUCUGGCAGCCAUUUCAAUAGUAGCAGCUUCUCCGAGAGCUCCCACGAUGACCGGAUCAGUGGAGAAGUUACAAGGCAGUCCGAUAUCAAAUACGCUACUGUUAUCAGUAACUCCAGAUCAAGUGGGCUUUACGAACAGAAAAUGAAUCUCAGAAAUUGUUUUGAUAGAUGCUUCUUAGCUGAAGAUCCCUUUGUUACAGGCAUCUUCUCAAGUAGCUCUUGGGAGGUGGGAAAUGGGAUGGUCCUUGUGUUGCGCGUUCGCCGCUCUGCGCGGCGCCUUGCCCUUUCCCUUGUCUCUUCAGAGGGAUUUUCAGAGCCUUUAGACCAGGAUGACCCUUUCACGGACAGAGAUAGUCCUGAGCGGAGCCUGUGUUACCUGGGGAUAACAUCACUGGAGAAAAGAGAAAGUGACAUUUUUUUAACAGAAAGUUCCGGGGUGACGUGUCAGUUCCGUACCACCGAUCUGCUUGAAGAUGUGGGGUGUUUUCAGCCCACACCACCUAACUUCAAUGUGUUUAUCCAAAGUAGCCUUAAGUAUAAAGCCAUUGCACCAUACGUGCCGCAGUUUCAGAUGACUGCUGCCAAGGUGCAGGACACCACAGAGAAAAACUCGUAA